AUGGGUUCGCUUGACCAGGAAGAACAGCAAUAUCUGCAAGACGUAGAGGCUGUCAAGCAGUGGUGGAGUGACUCUCGAUGGCGGUACACCAAGAGACCUUUUACCGCCGAGCAGAUUGUACAGAAACGAGGCACCAUCAAGAUUCAAUACCCAAGCAAUGACCAGGCGAAGAAGCUAUGGAAAUUGGUCGAGAACCGAUUCGCCACUAAAACGGCGUCUGCUACAUAUGGCUGUCUUGAGCCCACCAUGCUUACUCAAAUGAACAAAUAUCUUGACACUGUAUAUGUUUCCGGCUGGCAAUCCUCCUCCACCGCCUCCUCCACCGACGAGCCCGGUCCUGAUUUGGCAGAUUAUCCCUCGACCACGGUGCCGAAUAAGGUGCAGCACCUGUUCAUGGCACAACUCUUCCACGAUCGGAAACAAAGAGAAGAACGCCUGACAACGCCAAAGGACAAGCGAAGCUCAUUGCCCCAGGUCGACUACCUGCGACCCAUCAUUGCCGAUGCUGACACUGGUCACGGUGGUCUGACUGCCGUGAUGAAGCUCACAAAAAUGUUUGUUGAAAAGGGUGCGGCCGGCAUUCACAUUGAGGAUCAAGCUCCGGGUACGAAAAAGUGUGGACAUAUGGCUGGAAAGGUGUUGGUGCCCGUAUCCGAGCACAUCAACCGUCUUGUGGCUAUCCGAGCCCAAGCCGACAUUAUGGGUGUCGACCUGUUGGCGGUGGCCCGAACGGACUCGGAAGCUGCCACAUUAAUCACCACCACGAUUGAUCACAGAGAUCACCCUUUCAUCCUUGGCACAACCAAUGCCAACCUACAGCCAUUGAAUGAUCUGAUGUUUGCCGCUGAACAGUCUGGCAAAAACGGAGAACAGCUGCAAGCGAUUGAGGACUCUUGGACCGCACAGAGUGGACUUAAAGUCUUCGACGAAGCCGUCAUUGAGGCUAUAAACGCAGGUGUCCAUGUCGACAAGGCAGCGUUGAUUGCCAAAUAUAAGCAGGCCUCCAAGGGCAAGACCAACAGCGAAUGCCGCGCUAUUGCGAAGGGUCUUACUGGUGUUGAUAUCUACUGGGACUGGGAUGCUGCCAGAACACGCGAGGGCUACUACCGGUUCCAGGGAGGAUGCUCAGCCGCCAUCAGCCGUGCCAUUGCCUACGCUCCCUAUGCCGACAUGAUCUGGAUGGAGAGCAAGCUGCCCGAUUAUGCCCAAGCCAAGCAAUUUGCGGAUGGCGUGCAUGCUGUCUGGCCUGAACAGAAACUUUCCUACAACCUGUCACCUUCUUUCAACUGGAAGGCCGCCAUGGCCGCCAAGGACCAAGAAACCUACAUUCAACGCCUGGCGGAGAUGGGCUACUGCUGGCAAUUCAUUACUCUCGCCGGUCUACAUUCCACCGCGCUGAUCUCGGACACUUUCGCCAAAGAGUUUGCCAAGCGUGGAAUGCGCGCAUAUGGAGAGCUGAUCCAGGAGCCGGAAAUGGCCAACAAAGUUGAUGUGGUGACGCACCAGAAGUGGAGUGGUGCCAAUUACGUGGACAACCUACUUAAGAUGGUCCAAGGUGGUGUAAGCAGCACGAGUGCUAUGGGUAAAGGUGUGACGGAAGAUCAGUUUCAUUGA